AUGGUAGCAGGGGGCGACGCGAAUCUCUUUCAGCUAGCGGAUGGCAUUUCGUGCCACGCUUGGAACAAGGAUCACUCCAAGUUAGCAAUCUGCCCGAACACAAACGAAAUUUGGAUCUACUCAGGCUGUCACAUUCCUGAUCCAACGAAAUGGCGUAAGGAGGCUGUACUCAAGGAGCACGACAUGCUUGUGUGCGGUCUGGACUGGUCGCCCGUCCACGACCAGAUCGUGUCAUGCUCACACGACCGAAGCGCAUUUGUCUGGAAGUACGAAGCGACCUACCGACAGUGGAAACCACUGCUUGUCGUGCUGCGGAUCACGCGUGCUGCCACAAACGUCAAGUGGAGUCCCGAUGGCAAGAAAUUUGCGGUAAGCAGCGGUGCCAAGUGCGUCUCAGUUUGCUAUUACCAGGCGGCUGAGAACUGGUGGGUUAGCAAGAUCAUCAAGAAACACAAAUCCACGGUCACCGACCUAGACUGGCAUCCAAACAGCCAGCUACUGGUAACAGCAAGCACGGACCUAAAGUGCCGCGUGCUCUCAGCACACAUUAACGAUAUUGAUGGACCACCAGAUGCAGGUCCAUUUGAAGCUUUGCCGCCAUUCGGUGAGCCCCUCGCUGAGUUUGACAAUGCCAACGCGUGGGUGAACGCCGUGGCAUGGUCUCCUAAGGGAAAUUGCUUGGCGUUUGCAGGCCAGGGAUCGUCUAUUCAUAUAGUUCACUUCGGUGCACCUGGCGAAUACCCAACAAUUCAGUCGAUCCGUUUUUCGCACCUGCCUCUUAUGCGCAUUAUGUUUCUGUCCAACUCUGCGAUUGUUGGAGUGGGCUACGACUUCAAUCCAAUGCUAUUUGCUCAGGAUGCCAAUAAUUUCUGGUCGUUUUCUGAGUUUGUCGACAAGAAAUCGACGGAAAGCUCGGUCAAGAGAAGCACGGUUGGAUUUAGUGCUGCUCGGAGCCUUUUCGAGAGCAAAGUAACGAGAGGCCAGUCGUCCGAUGCUACCCAGCAAGAUAAAAAUAUGCUAUGGAUGAAACACGAAAGCAACAUCACAUGCAUCCAACCUUACGCCAAAUCUGCGUCCGGCACCGUCACGGAAUUUUCGACUUCGGCUCUUGACGGUCGUGUGGUCCUGUGGAAAUUGGGAAAUUUAAAUGUGGAAUUGAGCAAGCUUCAUCUGUAA